AAUGGCUCUGAAUAUACCUGGCUUGGUAGCUUUGAUUGUGUUUUAUGCAAUAACUUUAGCCAUUGGAAUUUGGGCUUCUUGGAAAAGCAAAAAGUACCAGAAGAAAGGGAAACCAAGUGAGAUGAUCAUAGUGGGGGGCAGGAACAUGAAUUUUUUCAUUGGAUUAUUCACUGCGACGGCAACAUGGGUUGGAGGAGCAUAUAUCAAUGGUACAGCUGAAACUGUCUAUCUUCCCACAAGAGGACUAGUGUGGGUCCAGGCACCAAUAGGAUUUGCUUUGUCCCUUGUUAUUGGUGGCCUCUUCUUUGUAAAUCCAAUGAGAUCCAAAAAUUAUGUGACAAUGAUGGAUCCUCUCCAAGAAACAUACGGGAACAUGAUUGGAAGCCUUCUCUUUAUUCCACCAUUAAUAGGAGAUAUAUUCUGGUUUGCAGCUACUCUUGCUUCAUUAGGGGCAACAAUGAGGGUCAUUUUGGAUAUCAGAGGCUAUUUGGCCAUCAUCAUAUCGGCAUGCACUGUUAUACUCUACACUUUACUGGGAGGGCUGUACUCAGUUGCAUACACCGAUGUGAUACAGCUGAUUUUUAUUGUGCUCAGCCUGUGGAUCUGUGUCCCAUUUGCCCUGCUCAACUCUGCAACAGAAAGCAUUUAUUACACUGCUGCUCAGGAAUCCUACCAAGCCCCUUGGAUUGGGCAAGUACAAACAGAAUAUCUUGGACGGUGGCUGGAUGACUUCUUGUAUCUGGUUCUUGGUAGUAUCCCGUGGCAAACUUAUUUCCAACGAGUUCUCUCAGCGUCCUCACCAAGACAAGCAAGGCUCAUUUCCUAUCUCUCUGGACUGGGUUGCUUUUCAAUGGCCAUCCCCUCUGUGCUCAUAGGGGCCGUAGCAGCAUCCACAGACUGGAACCAGACGAGCUAUGGUCUUCCAACACCAGUGGAGAGAGGAGAGUCAGCUAUGAUACUGCCAUUAGUGCUGCAUUAUCUCUGCCCAGCCUACAUUUCCAUUGGCGGCUUGGGAGCUAUCGCUGCUGCCGUCAUGUCUUCUGCAGAUUCAGCCCUUCUCUCUGCCAGCUCUAUGUUUGCACACAACAUCUACAGAAAAAUUCUUAGGAAACAGGCUACGGAGAAAGAAGUUGUCUGUAUAAUGAGGGUCUCCAUGGUGGUUUUGGGGACAGCCGCUGCAGGCCUGGCUUUCCUUUCUAACUCUGUUUAUGAUCUGUGGUUCCUGAGUGGCGAGCUGGUGUACGCCCUUCUCUUUCCCCAGCUCUGCUGCGUCCUCUUCAUCCCCAACACCAACACAUAUGGCUCAGCUGCUGGAUUCCUCUUCGGGUUCCUGUUAAGGCUGCUGGCAGGGGAGCCUUCCCUGAAAAUCCCCCCUGUAAUCCACUACCCAGGCUGCUCCCUUGUGGACGGGGUCUACGUUCAGCUGUUCCCUUUUAAAACCUUCACCAUGCUUCUCACUCUGGGGACUAUCGUCGCUGUUUCAUACCUGGUGGCGUUUUUGUUUAAGAGAAACAUCCUCCCUCGCAGAUGGGAUGUUUGCAGUGUAAUAGAAGAAAAUAGUGCAUUCACCCACCCGCCCUGCGCCAGAUAGAAGAACAGGUGGAUUUACAAGCAGCUAUGCUACUAGAGAAUCAUGCUUAAAUGCAGGGCAUCACUGAGCAUUCUGCAGUUCAGUUACCAGGUCGAUGACAUUUCUUUUCCAGUCUUCUCUCGCCAAUCAUGAAUUAUUUGGUAGAUUCAUAAAGAAAACAAGAAUUCCAUUUGCACUAUGAAAAGGAAUGAAGUCAGAAUAUGUAAUGAUUUAAGGGCCUCUGGUGAAGGAACUUGAUCCUGCAGUGGUUAGAAUUGUUAAUACAAUGAAAUAACUCAAUGCUUCUAUGUGUUCUUGGUAGCAGGAGCUUGAAA